GGUCAAAGAAAAGCCCACCUAAGUCUUCCGAGGUUGAAAACAUACGUCUCCUAUUUUGCCUGGAGCUUUCAUAUAGCACUUUGAGUGACAUAUAAAAUUGCACUUUCAUAUAGCACUUUGAGUGACAUAUAAAAUUGCACUUUCAUAUCACCUCCAUUGACUUUACCUUAAAAAUAAACAAAUUUAUCAUUCUACAUAAAUCAUGGCGUCGGUGGCUGCAGUUUUCGGAAGUACCGGAGUUGUAGGCAGUCAAAUACUGUCAACUCUUUUAAGUCACGAUGCAUUCAAGGCGAUCCAUACCAUUUCUCGUCGAGCACCUAAAGCAGAGUCACCUAAAUUGAACGCCACAAUUGAAGCUGAUACCGCCAAGUGGUCGUCUGAUCUCUCAGGUAUCAGUCCCGUACCGUCAAUAGUCUUUUCAGCUGUGGGAACAACUCGGGCCGCCGCUGGUGGCGUCGCGAAUCAGUGGAAAAUCGACCAUGAUUUAAACGUCGACCUCGCCAAAGCGGCCCACACCGCAGGCGUCAAGACCUUCGUCUUCAUAUCAUCAGCAGGCACGCGGUCGCUUCUCAGCAGCCAAUUUCCCUACUCGAAGAUGAAGAUCGGCGUCGAGGACACCAUCAAAGACGCAGGCUUCGAGCAAGCUAUCAUUCUGCGCCCGGGCUUUAUUCUCGCCGAGCGCGAGGUACCCCACCAAGGCGCCACGCUCUUCCUCAAGCUUAUCCGUAGCCUAUCGCAUUUCGGCCAGGCAAGACAGGAUGCUUGGGGCCAGGAACCGGAAGUUAUUGGACGUGCGGCUGUUCAUGCGUCAGUCCUUGCGGCCGAGGGGAAGGCACCUAGUAAGUAUUGGGUUCUGGAACAAGCGGAUAUUGUGAGGCUUGGUAGGGAUGAGUGGAAGGCUUAACUUAAAGGUGUGAUGGGAAAGGGGAACCGAAACUUAUUCGACCUUGUAAUUUCUCGUGGCUUGGGCGUUUUGGCGCAUGUGAGGCUUUUGGGAGAAUCUCCGCGAUACCAUGUUACGAAGUCCAUCUUUAGCUCUUACAAUACAUGAAGUGAUGUUCUUCAGGCGGCUCUGCGCGCUACUUAUAUCUUUCCGCUGAGCAUGGGGGCGAUGGAACUACCCUUGCUUCCGGGUGCUUAUAGCUCAGGCUAGAUGCCCUUGGCUGAGCAUACGAUGAAGGAUGCAUUGGUGUGUUCGUAUGUCUGUCCCCACAGUAAGACGGCACAGCUCACCCGUCUCAUCGCGAUGCACCCUAUGUAUAAUUGAGGAAUAUGAAUCGCUGAUCGGUUCUAGAUUAUAUUCAAUUGUCAUUUAAGUUGAACGUCUAUGAACUUGGUAGCAUCAAUUCUAUUCAAUUUCUUCACUG